AUGAAAGACCCAGUCGCUAGAACUGCUUCUCCCUACCCCGAUCCCUCAUCCAAAGGACCUAAAUCUCAGCAACUCUCUGCCGGCCAUUCCCACUCUCUCCUCCAGCACAGCAAGAUGACUCCUACCAAUAAAGUCAACAAGACCGCUCUCCACCCCGGUGGUGUCGAGCCCCACCAUGAGAGGGAACACACAGAACUAGAGGAGGAGCUUCACGAGAAGGCGCACAUUGACUACGACAGGGUCGCUAUUAUCCCCAAUCCGUCCGUGGCUGCGUUGUACGAAGAUGCUCUUGUAUACGAAAUGGGCUCAGCUAUCGCUUCAAGCGGUGCGUUGACUGCCUACUCUGGAGCUAAGACCGGACGAUCUCCCUCAGACAAGAGAAUCGUCAAGGAAGCAUCAUCAGAAAAUGACAUCUGGUGGGGACCUGUUAACAAGCCAAUGGCUCCCGAGGUCUGGAAAAUCAACCGUGAACGUGCUGUUGAUUACCUAAACACCCGAACAAGAAUCUAUGUCAUCGAUGGCUACGCCGGCUGGGACCCCAAGUACCGUAUCCGGGUUCGAGUUAUCUGCGCUCGUGCCUACCAUGCCUUGUUCAUGCGAAAUAUGCUCAUGCGCCCUUCGCGGGAAGAGCUAGAACAUUUCCACCCUGACUACACGAUCUACAAUGCCGGUAGCUUCCCGGCUAACAGAUACACUGAGGGCAUGACCUCUGGUACUUCAGUCGCCAUUAACUUCGCGGAGAAGGAGAUGGUCAUCCUCGGUACCGAGUACGCCGGCGAGAUGAAGAAGGGAAUCUUCACCGUUCUGUUCUACGAGAUGCCAAUCAAGCACAACGUCCUGACUCUUCAUUCCUCUGCGAACGAAGGCAAGAAUGGCGACGUAACCCUUUUCUUCGGCCUAUCUGGUACUGGAAAGACUACCCUGUCUGCCGACCCUAACCGAGCUUUGAUUGGUGACGAUGAGCACUGCUGGAGUGAACGUGGUGUCUUCAACAUUGAGGGUGGCUGCUACGCCAAGUGCAUUGGUCUCUCGGCGGAGAAGGAGCCUGAUAUUUUCGGUGCUAUCCGCUUUGGUUCCGUACUUGAAAACGUCGUUUUCGACCAAGAAACCAGAGAGGUUGACUAUGAUGAUGCCACCCUCACCGAGAACACAAGAUGCGCAUACCCUAUCGAGUACAUCAGCAACGCCAAGAUUCCAUGCUUGUCUGAAAACCACCCCAGCAACAUUAUUCUGUUGACUUGCGACGCUCGUGGUGUAUUGCCACCGAUAUCCAAGCUUGACAGCGCCCAGACCAUGUUCCACUUCAUCUCCGGUUACACGUCCAAGAUGGCCGGUACCGAGGAUGGUAUAACGGAGCCUCAAGCUACCUUCUCAUCUUGUUUCGCCCAGCCUUUCUUGGCUCUUCACCCCAUGAGAUACGCAAAGAUGCUGGCAAGCAAGAUAGAAGCACACUCCGCCAACGCCUGGCUCUUGAACACUGGUUGGGUUGGUGCUGGCUACAUCCACGGCGGCAAGCGUUGCCCUCUGAAGUACACUCGUGCCAUCCUCGAUGCGAUUCAUUCUGGGGAGCUGGCUAAGGUUGAGUACGAGACGUAUGACGUCUUCAACCUCCAGGUCCCUAAGACGUGUCCUGGUGUCCCCGCAGAACUCCUCAACCCCAAGACGGCUUGGACUGCAGGCACUGACUCAUUCAAGGAGGAAGUCAAGAAGCUUGGCGGUCUGUUCAUCGAGAACUUCAAGAAGUACGAAUCGGAAGCCACCGAUGAAGUUCGAGCGGCGGGUCCGGUAGUCUAA